AUAUAUUCCUAAUCGGGGCAGCUCUGUCUGCCAGUCUGUCCUCUCACUGGGAAACACUGGCGGUAGGUUUUUGUUGCGCUCAGCAGCAUGGAAGUAACUAAAGGAGAGGACCGGUCUGCUGAACAAGCGUCGUCUUUAUUUGGGACAUCAGAGCUGGAGAGUCAGAGGAGCAACAAUGAGCGAGGGAAGAAAAGGAAUAACAACUGUAAAAUUAUUGCUGGGGUUCUGCUGCUGUGCUUACUGGUGGUGAUCCUGGUGGUGGUGGUGUCUGUGAGGAAGAACGGUGGAAAAGAAAGCGAGAGCUGGCUGCUGCAGGACACUACAGAGCAAGUUCAGAGGCCGCAAUGUCCACCUGGUUUUUCAAAGCCGCCCCUCAUCCUCGUGUCCUUGGACGGUUUCCGGGCAGGGUACCUCAAAGAUCACGAGAGCAGCUUGCCCGUCAUCAGCAAGUUACGAAACGUUGGAACAACAGCACCAUACAUCAGGCCUGUUUAUCCCACAAAGACCUUUCCCAACCACUACAGCAUUGUUACUGGUCUUUAUCCCGAGUCUCACGGGAUCGUGGACAACAAGAUGUACGACGUGCUCCGAAACGCCUUCUUCAGCCUGAGAACUAACGAGAAAUUCGACCCAAAGUGGUACCAAGGAGAACCCAUCUGGGUGACUGCCAUGCGUCAGAAACUGAAGGCAGGGACUUUCUUUUGGCCAGGCUCUGACGUAGCCAUCAAUGGCACCUACCCAAAUUUCUACAAGCAGUAUGAUAAGGGCAUUACAUUUGAAGAGAGGGUGUCAACGCUGGUAAAGUGGCUCAGUUUACCUCAGGGAGAAAGGCCGGACUUUUACACUUUGUACCUGGACGAACCGGACACAACGGGACAUAAGUACGGGCCAGAGAGUCCUGAAAUCGUUGAGGCCUUGGCAGAUGUGGACAGGAUUGUUGGCAUGCUGAUGGACCAACUGAUGGCGAGGAGUCUGCUCAACUGUGUCAACUUAAUCAUCGUAUCUGACCAUGGCAUGGAGGAGGCUUCUUGUGAAAAGGCGGCAUAUGUGUCAAAUUACCAAAACCAAACGUCUGACUUUACUAUCAUCCAAGGACCAGCUGCUCGCAUCAGACCAACCCGCCUCCCACAGGAUUACUCUUCCUUCGACUACGAAGGCCUGGUGAAGAACCUGUCGUGCAGGACCCCUGACCAGUCAAUGAAGCCGUACCUCAAAGAAAACCUCCCCAAAAGGAUGCACUUUGCUAACAACUAUCGUAUAGAGAGGGGUCACCUCUACAUGAAGUCUGGCUGGCAGGCAGCUCUAAGUAAAAAGGACCUAAAGUACUGUGAAGGCGGAUUCCACGGCUCAGACAACGUCUUCAGCAACAUGCAGUCAAUCUUCAUUGGCUAUGGUCCAGGAUUUAAAGAAAAGACUGUUGUGCCCCCCUUUGAAAACAUUGAAAUAUAUAACCUCAUGUGUGAUCUUCUCGCCAUUCGUCCCGCUCCGAACAACGGGACCCACGGCAGCCUGAACCACCUCCUGGAGCGUCCAGUCCACCUUCCAGUUCACCCAGCGCAGCUCUCCCAUGACAUCCCCUGUGAAGCCACUGACCCCGUUCCCACGGACAACCUGCAGUGCACCUGUGCAUCCCAAAGCACAGCAAUGGAGGCGGAAAUGAACAGACAUCUCUUGACAGUUAAUACAAGCGCCAAAGCCAGCUUACGUCGCCUCCACCAUCCUUUCGGCAUCCCUGGAGUCGUCCAACCGGACGUCAACUUUUGUCUGCUGCACCACUCCGACUACCUCACUGGAUACAGCAAGGACCGCCUCAUGCCCCUCUGGGUGUCGUACACUAUCCAGCGUCUGAUCACAGUGCAACCCUUGAGCCCAGAGUCGGAGGCAUGUGUUCGUGCUGACGUACGCAUCCCACCGACCGCUAGCCAGCUGUGCCUGCGCUACAGAGACGACCCCGCUCUGUCCUACGGCCUGCUGCAUCCCCCCAAUCUGAGUGACAGCGGUUCAGAGACGGACUCUCUAAUCACCAGCAACAUGGUUCCAAUGUUCCCAGCCUUUAAAGUUGUUUGGGCCUAUUUCCAUGACGUCGUGCUUCCGAAAUAUUCACAGCAGCUGAACGAAGUCAAUGUCAUCAGUGGGCCCAUAUUUGAUGUGGACUUCGAUGGAAAUGUUGAUGCACCCACAAAAAUUUCAGGGCAAGAAGCUCCCAUCCCGACUCAUUUCUUCGUAAUCCUGACCAGCUGUAAGGACUUGAAGUUCAACCUUGCUAACUGUAAAGGUCCUCUUCAGGUCAAGUCCUUCAUCCUGCCCCACAGACCUGAUCAUACAGAGGCCUGUGCCAACGACCGGGACCUGACGUGGGUGGAGGAGUGGAUGCAUUUCCACGGAGCUCGAGUUCGAGACAUCGAGCUCCUGACCGGACUCAGCUUCUACCACGACAGGAUAUCGGUGGAAGAGACGCUACAGCUCAAGACAUUUCUAAACACUGUCUGAAAUCAGAGGUUGUGAAAUGAAGCUUUAACUCCCAACAGAAGCCACACUGGUCUGCAGGAAUCCGUCUUAGUGGACUCACAGUUUAACCCAGCACCAGAGGGUUUAAUGGGACCAAGUUAUUCACAACCUUAAGUUCCAUCCAUUUUUUUUUUUUUUUUGUCCAAUUUAAAAAGAAAUUGGCAAUUAUCCCAACGUGAAAGCCAUACGUUUGUUUUUUAUUAGCUUUUAAAAGAUGAUUUUACGAGAAAAGCUGCAGUAUUUUUAUCCCUGGGACUCCACGACUCCAUCACAUCUGCACAACAGCUUCAAAACAUUUCCUCAGACUGGAAAAGUGGAUGAGCAGGAAUCAAAAAGAGGGAGUGGGGAACAUGUGUUUGUGCUGCAGAUUAUUUGAUUGGCUCAGGAACGUCUGCACAUCUGGAAGUUUUGUUUUUAUGUUUUUUUUUUUU